AUGGAUUUUGGGGAUCAAGCUGGUCCCUCGAGGAUUACUGAACCCCUUCGAACGACCAAAGAGACUCAUCCAAACCUGCCACCUGGUUUGAUACUGGGACCCGAUGGCAAGCCUUGUAAAGUCUGCAACUCGUGGCAGGACUGGGCAAAGCUCAAAGUGAAGAAGAAGGGCGAGACGGUAGAGAGUCAUGGAACUGCGGCUAUAAUGGGAGGAGGCAAGGUGGCGUCGCGGUCUUCAGGCAAACCGUCACGGAAGGAUUGUCCGGCUGAUACGGAAGCACUGGGUCGAUCAACAUGGACAUUCUUGCAUACUACCGCUGCUUAUUAUCCUGUCUCGGCCCCGACAUCGACUCAGACACAGAUGCGGAAUCUCUUAUCCUCCUUAUCGCUGCUGUAUCCAUGUGUACCAUGUGCCGAGGAUUUUCAGGAAAAAGUCAAGGAAAACCCACCAGACGUCAGCGGGCGAGAAGGGUUGAGCCGAUGGUUGUGUGAAAGACACAACGAGGUGAACGAGAAGCUGGGGAAGGAGUCAUUUGAUUGUGCUUGGAAGAGUUUGAACGAGAGAUGGAAGGAUGGGCCGGAGGAUGGACGGUGUGAUUGA